CUUGGAGCGUGUGUUUUGGACGAAAAUUUAACGUCCUUAUUUAGUUCUUCGUAGUAUUAAAUUUAAAAACAAAAAUGGUAAAGUUAACAGCGGAAAUCAUUCAAAAUUCCAUGCAAUACAUAAACCCGGUAAAAGACAGGGAGUUGGAUUUGAGAGGCUACAGAAUACCGGAAAUUGAAAAUCUUGGCGCCACUGGCGAUCAGUUUGAUACAAUAGACUUUUCGGAGAAUGAUAUAAGGAAAUUGGACGGAUUUCCCUACCUAAAACGGCUGAAAUGUCUACUACUAAACAACAACCGAAUAGUGCGUAUUGGAGAGCACUUGGAAGAAUACAUACCAAACAUGGAGAGCCUUAUUAUGACAGGAAAUCACCUUGAAGAUCUUGGCGAUAUUGAUCCUUUAGCAACACUGGAAAACCUAACCUCACUCUCUUUAAUGCACAAUCCAGUCACAGCAGUGCCAAACUACAGAUUGUAUGUGGUUUAUAAGUUACCGCAACUGCGGCUUCUGGAUUUUAGGAAAAUCAAAAUGAAGGAACGGGACGAGGCUAAGGCACUUUUUAAGAGCAAAAAGGGUAAAGACAGUCUCAAGGAAAUAUCCAAAAAAUCCAAGAGUAAAGGUAUGAAUGAAGUUACAGCCACUCCAGAUAAACGAUAUAAUAAGAUACAAAAUACACAGGAAAUUAAAAAAAUUAGAGAGGCUAUAAACAAGGCUAGUUCUUUGGAGGAAGUGGAAAGGUUACAGAAAUUAUUACAGGCUGGACAAAUACCUGAAGAAGAAGGUCAAAACGGAAUGGAAUAUGAAUGAGCUAAUAAACUAGGGUAAAGUAUAAUUACUUUUAACUUAAAAGUAUUCUGUAUAAAGCGAAAAUUUUUUGAUUUGGUUUUUUUUUAAAUUGUAUUUUUUUAUUAUGUUAAUUAAAUAAACUUGACCUGAUAAGAACAUGUAUACUUUGCGUAUUUUUUAUG